AUGGACGCUGACACAAGGAAAGCAUGGGAGAGUUCGUUGGAACAUGGAGAGUUUCCGGAUCUCUUCAAAACUCUCGAUUUCAUCAAUCGGCAAUGUGAGGUGCUCGAAAGCUGCACGCCAGAGUCGUCACGGAAAUCAACAAGCACCAAAGCCUUCACCUCCACCACAGCUGCCAAUUCAACGUGUGUACUGUGCCAGCAGCAUCAUACUCUUCAGAACUGUCCAACCUUCAUCACGAUGUCCGUAUUGCAGAGGAAGAGCAAAGUACAGUCAUUGAAACGCUGUUUCAAUUGCCUCAGCGCUGGACACCCGGUUUCGCAGUGCCGAUCGAAAUGGACGUGCCGUAUCUGCAAGAAACGUCAUCAUCAUCUACUUCAUGGGGAGCAGCUUCCAGCAGCACCAUCUCUUCAGCCUUCAGACGCCGCUGCAACAUCUCAUCAGCUUCCAGUCGAUGCAGCUCAACCAACAUUAAUCGGGGCAUCGAUGACUUCAUUGACGACAGCAGUGCCAUCCACAGUGCUAUUGUCAACAGUAGUGCUCAACAUCACCGAUCGUGCCGGAGUUAGCCAUCCAGCAAGAGCUCUCUUGGAUAGCGAAGCUCAAUCCAACUUCAUCACCGGCAGGAUGGCACAGUUCCUGGAAUUGCCGCGGAAGCUGAUCAAUCUUCCGCUAUCAGGCAUUGGUGGCAGUACAAGAUCGAAUGUGCGACAUUCCAUCGAAACCACCAUCCAUUCUCGAUGCUCGAGCUAUGCUGCGUCAUUGGAGUUGCUUGUGUUACCGAAGUUGUCAGCAGACAUACCAACUCAACGGAUCGACAUCAGCCACUGGAAGAUACCAGAAACCUGCAUCUUGGCUGAUCCAUCCUUCAAUCGGCCAGGAACCAUUGACAUCAUCUUGGGAGCAACACACUUCUACGAGAUCCUGAGGAUCGGACGACUCUCCCUGGGUGACAGCAUGCCAACCCUUCAGGAAACUGAAUUUGGUUGGGUAGUCAGUGGUACCAUCACCGAACCCAUGUCACCGAGCAGCGAGGAACGAGCCUGUGAGGACCAUGACACGGCAACCACCACACGAGAAGAGGAUGGCAGGUACAUGGUCCAACUUCCACGCAAGCCAGAGAUGAUUGGCAAGUUUGGCAAUUCAACGACUAUCGCACUUCGACGGUUCCUAGCACUAGAACGUCGACUUCAACGGGAACCCGACACCCAACGUGCCUAUGUGGACUUCAUGGAUGAGUACCUUCGCUUCAGUCAUACGAGCAAGGUGGCAGCUUCUUCAAAGAACGAUGAAUCGUUUUAUCUACCACAUCAUCCGGUCUUCAAGACCGACAGCACCACGACGAAGUGUCGAGUGGUGUUUGACGCAUCGAGUAAAUCUUCAACGGGUGUGUCUUUGAACGACCCGUUACGACCUUUGAACGAACCACACUAA